GCUGUAAAAGCCGAAAAAGAGGCGGACAACUGACCCGCACAAUGAAAAUUAGCACACCUCAAGUGUAGUUUUUAGCCACAGAAGACAGUCGUUUGUUCUUUUGGAGUUGACACAAGCCCUUAAGCAACAAAAAGGCUUGUCUUCGGUGAAUUGUGAAGCCGUGAGAGGUCAGAAAACCCCCCAAAGAGCGAGGAUGUUGGUCCCCGCGGGAAGAUAAUGAAGAGGCUGCGCGUUUUGUUGGUGUGCCUCAUUGUAGCUCUCCUGUGCUGGUACCCCAGUCAAUAUGUGUAUUGUUCAGAGCAGAGCUUGUCUGGCCCUGGUCAGUCUGCGGGGGACAAAAACCCUGAAGGCCAGAAGCAGGAGCAGGAGCAGGACUCCACGCAACACAAGGUGUUGGAAGAGCGGUCGACACACACAUCGUACGAUAUGGGACUAGAGACAGAGAGAGCAGCACUCGAGAAGCUGGCAACACACAAUGUACACCAAGAACAGACUGUGAAUCCUGGGGAAGCUGAGGUGGAGGAGACCAGGCCUGACGCAGAGUCUGAUACUGCACCUGUCACUCCUCCUGAGCCAGAACCCCACCCAGACCCCCAGGCUGAUGUGGACCUGCAGACUGACCCCCAGGACCAUGAACAGGAAGUCCCUGUGUCCUCCACUCCAGAACCAGUUCCAGCACAGGGCCAAGUGUCCACAGAUGCCCCAGCCCCAGCAGAGAUUGUCGGUGACGCCCCUGCUGCACCCCCCAGCCUUGACUCUACCCCGGCCACAUCCCCAGAUGAAGCUGAAAACACACCUACCUCACAGAGUGCCGGCCAGACCCACACAGGUGCGGUUGCCAGUGCAGGAGAUGAACUCCCAGUAGACAGCUUUGUCUUUGCUGAGCACUCUGAUUCACAGUGCAGGGUCAUUCCCCCCGAACUGGCAACCUGUGAAAACUCCCCUUUUGGCAGGCCUCUCUUCAGUGUGGACGAGGCUGGCAUAGAGGACCAGCGGACAGACCUGAGCCACAGCUCUGGUCCUGAAGCAGAGGUCCAGUCUACUCCUGGCCAUGUGGACCAGGAACAACAACAAAAACAACAACAGCGGCAGACGCUGGAGGGCGGGCUGUCUGAUUUGGACCAGGAGGGCAACACUUCUCAACACCACACAGAACAGCAGACAGGGGAUGGCAGUAUCGUCAGGGAGACUGAUCCCUCAGUGCCCAGCAAAGAAGACAUCCCCACCUUUGAUGAGUGGAAGAAACAAGUCAUGGAGGUGGAGAAGGAGAAGAGUCAAUCUCUUCAUACCUCAACCAGUGGCAGCCCCCAUCCAGCGAAAAAGGUCCAGAAAAACUUCAAAAACAACUACGCCUCUGUGGAGUGCGGUGCCAAGAUACUUUCUGCCAACAGCGAGGCCAAGAGCACUUCAGCUAUUCUCAUGGAGAAUAUGGAUCUUUACAUGCUAAAUCCCUGCAGCAACAAAAUCUGGUUUGUGAUCGAGCUCUGUGAGCCAAUUCAAGUCAAGCAGCUGGACAUUGCUAACUUCGAGCUCUUCUCAUCGACACCAAAAGACUUUUUGGUUUCCAUUAGUGACAGAUAUCCCACCAACAAGUGGGUAAAGCUCGGUACUUUUCAUGCCCGUGAUGAGCGUAUAGUCCAGAGCUUCCCACUGGAUGAGCAGCUUUAUGCUAAAUAUGUGAAGAUGUUCAUCAAGUACAUAAAGGUUGAACUUCUCUCCCACUUUGGAUCAGAACACUUCUGUCCACUCAGUCUUAUCAGGGUGUUUGGUACCAGUAUGGUGGAGGAAUAUGAGGAGAUAGCAGAUUCCCAGUACCCAUCAGAGAGACUGGAGUAUCUGGAUGAAGACUAUGACUAUCCCCCUGGCUACCAACCAUCAGAGGACAAGGCCUCUAAGGACCUGCUUGGCUCAGCAACCAAUGCCAUCCUAAACAUGGUAAACAACAUUGCGGCUAAUGUGCUGGGCGGCAAGCCAGAGCUGGAGGGUGGAACAGAAGCAGGAGGUAAUACAACAACAGAAGGUGAUGAAAAGAAGGGGAGCACAGAAGAUACACCUAAACCAGCUGAAACACCUCAGGACUCUGCUGUGCUGGAGCACACAGGCCCAGAACACCCUGAAACCCUGAAGGACUCUAAUGUCUCCAGUGACUCUCCCACACCUUCCCCCACGUUACCAGACUCAGGAGGACAGGAGGACAGACAGAUUGUCACUCUGGUAGAGGAGGAGGAGGAUGAAGAGCCCAGGCAGUCUACUGUCACCCUGAUGGAGGAGGAGGUGGAGGAGGAAGAAGAGAAGACUGAGGAGUCGUCGAGGAGGGAGGCAGACAGGAACCAGUGGGAGAGCCAGACUUACUGUCCUUUCUCCUCCUUAUCCUCUCUGUCUCUGUCUUGCAUGGCCACCCUGCCAGAGCUGCUCCAUCGCUGGUGCUCCGCCAGGCUGGCCAAGGAGAGACUCCGCAGCCUCAAGCGGAGGCAGCUGAGCACCCAAACACAGACACAACCUAACACGAACACCCCUCCCCUCACACACACGCCUCCACUGAUCCCUGCCCCUGUCCCCACGCCUCUCAAAGAAGAUCUGCCCCUCACAGAAAAAGCUCCGGAGCCUGAGGCUCCCAUUAACAGCCAAAAAGAGGGGAAAGUCUUGACUGAGGCACACGCCACACAAUCAAACACUCACACUCCUGAAACACACACUCCAGAGCUCAACAUCCUCCUUGAGCCGAGCAGAACCUCCACCAUCCCCCCUCACAGUUUCUCAGACAUCCAGAGUUCCCUGACAUUGCCUACCCCCACCCACGAGGAGAGGCUGCUCCCUCCUAUUAAAGACGCAGCCCUGGACUCUGUCCCCACUCCUCCCCUCCAAGCUGUCUUUAUCCCAGAGACGCAGCAGGCCAGCAGUGCCACCCCCACCCUUACUGUCAGCGCUCCCCCACAGCCCAUAGCCUCUGAGACUCCUUCUACUGCUGUUGUAGUUCCCCCUGUUCCCAAAGAGCAGCCCGUUCAGCCUCUUCCCACUGCAUCAAGACCUGAAGACCUGAUACCCCCUCCCACUGAGCUGCCAACACCUGUCCCACUCGCAGACACAGAUACAGUGAAGUCAGGCACAGAAACAGACUCACAGAGACACAAUGUCCAGACUUCUCAGACUCAUGGGGAGCAAGGCGACUCGCUCACACAGACUGGAGAGCCUCACCGAGUGGAGGACUCAGUGGAUGAGGACCUGUUGAGCUCUAAUGGGAAUGGCAAUGUCCACCGGACAGCUACAGACUUCUAUGCAGAGCUGCAGAACGGAGGAGAUUAUAAUGGCGGAGCAAUGACAGGGAACGGCAUGUUAUUGAAUGGGGGGACGGUGCACGGCUCCAGCCAGAAGGAGAGCGUGUUCAUGAGGCUGAACAACAGGAUAAAAGCCCUGGAGAUGAACAUGAGUCUGUCCAGCAGAUACCUGGAGGAGCUCAGCCAGAGGUACCGUAAGCAGAUGGAGGAGAUGCAGCGAGCGUUCAAUAAGACCAUCAUCAAACUGCAGAACACCUCCCGCAUUGCAGAAGAGCAGGACCAGAAGCAGACAGAAUCCAUCCAGGUCCUGCAGAGCCAGCUGGAGAACGUCACCAAACUGAUGCUCAACCUCACCGCUACAGUCAGCCAGCUGCAGAGAGAGGUUUCUGACCGUCAGAGCUACCUGGUGGUCUCUCUGGUUCUGUGUCUGACUCUGGGCCUCUUGCUAUGUCUGCAGUGCUGUCGCAGCUCCUCUCCCGCCCCCAACACCAGCACUGCUGCCCUUCCCAAAAGCAACCACUACCCCAGCCCCAAGAGAUGCUUCUCCUCCUAUGACGAUAUGAGCCUAAAGCGCAGGGUGACCUGUCCGCUUGUUCGCUCGAAGUCGUUCCACUUGUCCUCUACAGAAGUAGGUCCAGAUGACUUGUACAUUGUAGAACCUCUAAGGUUUUCUCCAGAGAAAAAGAAAAAGCGUUGCAAGACAAAGUCAUUGGACAAGGUUGAGAUCCUGAAGCCAGCUGAUCCCUCUGCUCCGCUCACAAACGGGGGUCUAAACUGCAACGGAUUCCACCCAUACCUCCCUGCGUCACCACCACCACCACCCCCUCCUCCUCCUCCUCCCCCUCCUCCUCCACCUCUUCCUCUUCCUCCUCCCCCUUCUCUCCCACCGCCUCCCCCUCCCUCUGUUGAGCUGGUGUCAUCACUGCCCACUUGCACCUCCAACAAGGAGUUCCCCUCAGAGACCAGCAGCUGCAGCUCAUCCACCCACUCUGAGGAGUCCUACACAAGCCGCCUCCCCCCUCCCUCCCCCGUUCCCUCCGCCGGCCUGUGCAACGGACACAGCCUGCCUUUUGCCCUCCAGCAGCCUCCCGCCAAGUCCCGCCAGGAGAAGCGCUCGAUGAAGCGGCGUAGGUCGCGUCAGACGGAGCUGCAGUUCCCCGCCAUGCGGGGAGGCAGCGUCGGCUCUCUGCCCAGCCUGCAGCAGCUCAUGAAGGGAAACAAGGAGAUCAGCGUCGGGACCAUCGGAGUGACCGCAGUCACCGGACACGUCUGAAUACUUACACACAACUUUCUGUUCACAACACACUCUAUAUGGUAGCAAACUUGUGAGGAGAUGAGGUCUUAACUGCAUCCCAAAGAACCACAUUUCCCAUGAGCACCCAGGCGCACCGUGGAACUGAAGUGGCAGCAGUAACUCGACAUCAUCCAGUCCUCAUUCACUCCUGUCAAAGAGCUGUUUACGGUUACGUGCCUUUAUAUCCGUUCUAGACCUUUUAAUCUUAAAAAUAUAAAGAAUUGUUGACGGAAAGAGACACAAUGGUGGGGGAGUGACACAUUAACACAAGUCAAAUCCAUUGAAGUGUGUUUUUUUUCUACUGGAUAAGCACAUUGUCCCGUGACAGAUGAGCACCAGUAAGCGUUUAUCCCCACUCUGAGCACAGUGAGGAGAGGUCUUCAACUUCCUUCACCUACAGCGGGCAUCAAGAAGUGUUAUGCUGCUCUAUUGGAUGAAAUGUGUCGCCGUGAGAGAAACUGUGCAGAGCAUGACAGACUACUUCUCUUACCCUUUUUUUCUGUCUUUCAUCGCCAUCAAUCUCCCCAUUCUUUGUUUGCAUCCUAACAUGACUGCAGGUGUUUGUAUGGGACCAGAGAGCUCAACUUCUCGUUGUUCACUUCUGUUUUCUUCUCUUCUGUCUCUGUCUUCUGCUCCAAACCAACCAUCAGAGCUGAAUGAAGAACAUCAUUUUACAUGUCUGAAUGUGUUAGUCCUUUCAGUUUAACUUCACAAAUACAAUCGCCGCGGUUUGUAGAUCCUAUGAGUUCACAAUGAGCUGUACCUUCUCAGUUAAUUUGGGCAGGGCCCGAAAAGCCUUUUAACACCAAAUCAAGAGAAACUACACUGUUAAAGAGGAUAUUGUGACUGUCGAGGAAGGUAAAAAAGUUUCAACCAGGCUAGAGGCAUUUUUUUAUUUAUUUAUUUUUUAUUUGUUGUCAUCCAUAACUGAGUCAUGCUUCUCUUCUCUUUGCUAGUGUGGUUUAUUUUAAUUAUUCUCACAACUUUUAUGGUAGCAUAUGUUUCCUGAUCAGAGCACAGUGUACUGUAGGAGCACAUUGGGUUGCAGAGCUGAAUGUUUACUUUUCUGUCUCUCUCUUCCUCUCUCUCUCACACACACACACACACACAGACACACACAUCCUACUGGGACCCUGCAGCCGAGUCUGACAGACCAGUUUUAUUUAUCUAUUUAUUUAUUUAAAAGACUACAGAUUUUUCUCCAGCGUAACUUGCUUGCCAGUCUCCCAAUCCUGCAGUGUCAAAGUACCCAUGUGAGUUUGUUACACAGAAAUAUUACAGAGAAAUGCACUCGACCACACUAACACAUGGCAACAGUGGAUGGCUCAACCACAGGCUUUAUUUUUUCUUUCUUCUUCUUUUUUUUUAGCUCAUGGCAGCCCCUUAUUCUGUUUUGCCUCCGCCUGAAAUAUGGGACAAAUAUAUCAGUCACAUGUCCUGCAGCAGCUACUAGAUAAAUGAGUAUUGACUUUAGAAAGCUUCUUAGGAUCGUCACAAUGCUGCUUUUGUAUUUGUUCAGAGCUGCUGUGUUGGAAGUAUGGAAAGGGCUAAACUGUUUAUUGUUGUCGUGUCUUUUGUGUGCUUGUGUUGGCGUCUUUGUCGGGUCUCUCACCGAUUGUUUUUAACCCGCCCUGUACACGAUCGCAUGACUGAAGUACGCUAAUAUUCAGUUUAAUGUUUGAACAGCGUAGGGAGUUGCAGAUGUGAUAAGUUUUUUUAAAUAAUAAAAUGUGUAUAUUUCUUUUUUUGUAUGCAGUUUCUGACUGGCUCUGUGUGGUUGGACUUGUGUACAGUUUUGACAGAGACAGAAUUUUCUUCUUACUCUUCCAAAAAAGAGAAAAAGUUACAUUACCUCCUCUGACCAGCUUCUUUUUGCAUAUCUUUACCCACCGAGGUCGCCUCUCGACCCCCAUUGCACGACUUCCUGUGACUGUGAAGAAAAGUUUGAAUAUGCCUGCUUUUAUUAACCACUCUAACAUGUUCCCAUUAGGAGCUUGAAUGCUUAAUCACUCUACACGCCUGCUCUCCUGACUAGCUGAUCCCUACGUGCAUCCUCACUCUCAUUAUUGUCCACUCUCGACUUUUAUUCCCUCGUCAUCGCUCUUUGACUUUGUGUGUUCGCCCCACCUCGAAUGAUACUUGUGUUUUGUGAGGAGAAGGAUACGAACUGUUGAAUAAAGGGAACGCGGCGAAGAUGGUUAAAUUUGGAACACUAUUAAUGUGAUUCUGUAAAAGCCGAGCAAAUCAUGAGGUUGUUUUUUUUACCCUUGAAUGUGUAAGGUCUUACUUUUCUGUGUGUGUGUGUCAACCUGUAUGCAUGUGAGAAUUUAUUUGUUGUAUGUGUGUGUCUGUGUUAUGAGAAAAAGACUACUUUGAAUCUACUUAUCCCGUAACACAGCAAACAGGGAGAAUGCCCUCGGAGAGAAAUUCUAGCUCAGUGUGCACUUUGUAUGACUCCUCACGCCUUUUUUUGUUUUUUUACCUUAUAUGUCAAGUGCUAUCUUUUCUUUCUCUUUCUCUCUCACUGUCCCUCUUUCUCUCUGUGAUUACUCUGAAGAGCUGCACAGUAUUUUUGAGCAGGAGUGUUACUACAAAACUUGUAGUGCCAUUAGAAACUGUGAAUUUCUAAAUAAAACCUUUUUUGUUGUCUUUCA